CGCACUUUCCCGCACUUUCCCUCUUCACCCACCGGGAAAGAGAAAGAGCGAAGCGGCGCGACUUUCUCUCCACCGUACCGGAGCUUUUCUCCGGCGAGGCCUCCGGCGCCGUUCGCCACCUUCCUCCGAGCGCAGCUCGAUUCCUUUGCCCGCUCUCGCGCCUUGAACGCCGGGUCCUGAGAGCUCUUCCUCUCGGCUCUCGGCGACGAGCUCCGAGCGUCUCUCCUUCGUCGACAUUCGCCUGCCCUAAGGUCGCUGCUUCGCUGUCCGUACAGGCGGUGAUCGGGAGAGGGGGAGAUUUGGGGGAUAAGCCAUUGUCGGUAAGUGCUCAAUUGAGGAGUGAUUCGAGUUUUUGAGCAUCGACCUGGUAAAAUGUGCUUGGAAUUGGAUUGAAUAUCUUCUGGAAAGUUACUGUGGACAGAGAGAGAGAGAGAGAGAGAGUUUUGCAAUGUCGGGCCCUCCACGAGUGCGUUCGACGAAUGUCGUAGAGCCAGAGAUUCGACCGGUGCUGAGACCAGCUGCAAACAAUGCUCCAAUGGCCAACGCCAACGCCAACGCUUUGAAACCUGCCUCGAAGCCCAGCAAGAAACCUGAUAAGCCGCCGCAGAAAUUGGAGCCUAAGGACAAGAAGGCGCUUUCCACACCGCCGGUCUCGCAGAAGUCGGGCGCUGCUAAAGCACUUCUGCAGCACCAAGAGAUGGCGAUUGGGCCAAAAUUGGCAAGGAGCGCUUCGUGUUCAUCUGAUGCUUCAUCGUCUGAUUCGUCACAGAGUCGGAUGUCGAGCGGGAGGAUGGUCACGGGGAGGAGAACGAGUGCCGUUGUGAGGAAGAAGAAAUGUAGCUUGAAGGCAGACCAGACUGAUGGUAGAGAGGUAGACACGGUUGAAAAGGUUGGUGAUGAUGGUGGGUUAAUCGAAUCCCUGGAUGGUCUAGAGGUCAAGAAAAGAUGCAGUUGGGUCACGCCAAAUACAGAUCCUAAUUAUGCUACUUUUCAUGAUGAGGAAUGGGGGUUCCCAAUUCAUGACGACAGGAGAUUAUUUGAAUUGCUCUGCUUAUCAGGUGCUUUAGCUGAACUUUCAUGGCCAGCCAUUCUUACCAAAAGGCAUUUUUUUAGGGAAGUCUUCUUGAAUUUUGAUCCAGUCUCUGUAUCGAAACUAAAUGAGAAAAAGGUAACUGCACCAGGGAGUCCUGCCAUUUCAUUAUUAUCGGAAUCAAAGCUGCGAGCUAUCUUGGAAAAUGCACGUCAGAUGUGCAAGGUAAUCGAAGAGUUCGGAUCCUUUGACAAGUAUAUAUGGAACUUUGUAAACCACAACCCACUUGUCAGCCAGUUCAAGUAUUCCCGUCAGGUGCCUGCGAAAACUUCAAAGGCGGAGUUCAUAAGCAAAGAAUUGAUCAAGAGAGGGUUCCGGAGCGUCAGCCCCACGGUCGUCUAUUCAUUCAUGCAGGUUGCUGGAUUAACUAACGAUCAUCUCGUUAGUUGCUUCAGAUUUCAUGAGUGCAUUGCCUCAGCAGAAGCUCGGGAAAAAGACGGCAGAAAUGCUAAGGACGAAAGAAAACCCAGUGAGACAAGUGGUCUGAUACUAGAAAGAGCGAAGGACGAAUCAUCUUCCCCUCUCUCAAGUUAUUAAGAUGGAUUUCCAGCCAUUGUAAUUUUGUUUGAUGACCAGGCAGGUCGAUUGCGUAAAAUCAGUCACUAGGGACCACUAGCUGUUGUAAUCACUCUCUUGUGCUCUCAUUUGGUACGACUUAUUACCGCAUUAUUUAAUUGAGAUGACUCAUAUCUGGCAACUA